AGGGUCAGAGCUGCAGCAGAGUGACUUACACCAAGAGGAGAAUCUGUGUCUUGAAGGGGUCAACAGUGGACAUAUCCUGUACUUAUGUUGGUCAUUAUUCCACCACAUCAUCAUUCUGGUUUAGAAGUGAUAAGUCGACACUUGAAGACCUAACCACUGACCCAGGGUAUGCAGGUCGUGUGGAAUACACUGGAACAUACAGAGGUCCCUUCACCCUGAGAAUCACAGAUCUGAGAGAGGAGGACUCAGCUGAGUAUCGCUUCACUUUUAAAACAGACAACUUUGACUGGGGUCAUAGUUUCCCAGGAACAACUCUGUCUGUCACAGGUCUGCAGGUGAAGGUGACUCCUGCUGCAGAGGGACAGAAGACACUGACCUGUAGCACCACCUGUACUCUGACUGACAACCCCACCUACAUCUGGUACAAGAACGGACAACAUCUAGAUGAGAGCACCUCCACCCAAUACAAAUACUCAGUCUCCAAUGACUAUGUAGACAGUUACUCCUGUGCUGUAAAAGGCCAUGAGGAUCUCCACUCUCCUGCAGUUUGUGUUCAGGGUCAGAGCUGCAACAGAGUGAAUUACACCAAGAGGAGAAUCUGUGUCUUGAAGGGGUCAACAGUGGACAUAUCCUGUACUUAUGUUGGUUAUUAUUCCACCACAUCAUCAUUCUGGUUUAGAAGUGAUAAGUCGACCCCUGAAGACCUAACCACUGACCCAGGGUAUGCAGGUCGUGUGGAAUACACUGGAACAUACGGAGUUCCCUUCACCCUGAGAAUCACAGAUCUGAGAGAGGAGGACUCAGCUGGGUAUCGCUUCACUUUUAAAGCAGACAACUUUGACUGGGGUCAUAGUUUCCCAGGAACAACUCUGUCUGUCACAGGUCUGCAGGUGAAGGUGACUCCUGCUGCAGAGGGACAGAAGACACUGACCUGUAGCACCACCUGUACUCUGACUGACAACCCCACCUACAUCUGGUACAAGAACGGACAACAUCUAGAUGAGAGCACCUCCCCCCAGUACAAAGACCCAGUCUCCAGUAAUUAUGGAGACAGUUACUCCUGUGCUGUAAAAGGCCAUGAGGAUCUCCACUCUCCUGCAGUUUGUGUUCAGGGUCAGAGCUGCAGCAGAGUGACUUACACCAAGAGGAGAAUCUGUGUCUUGAAGGGGUCAACAGUGGACAUAUCCUGUACUUAUGUUGGUCAUUAUUCCACCACAUCAUCAUUCUGGUUUAGAAGUGAUAAGUCGACACUUGAAGACCUAACCACUGACCCAGGGUAUGCAGGUCGUGUGAAGUACCCUGACAAAGAGAUGUAUAAAGAUCCCUGCAUCCUGAGAAUCUCAGAUCUGAGAGAGGAGGACUCAGCUGAGUAUCGCUUCACUUUUAAAACAGACAACUUUGAAUGGGGUCAUAGUUUCCCAGGAACAACUCUGUCUGUCACAGGUCUGCAGGUGAAGGUGACUCCUGCUGCAGAGGGACAGAAGACACUGACCUGUAUCACCACCUGUACUCUGACUGACAACCCCACCUACAUCUGGUACAAGAACGGACAGAAUGUACAAGGUGUCUCCUCCCCCAUGUAUUCCAUCAGCAGUGAGGAUGCAGACAGCUACUUCUGUGCUGUAAAAGGCCAUCUCAGCUCUCCUACAGUGUAUAAACCAAAGACCACAGUGUCAGUCAGUCCCUCUGGUGAAAUAGUGGAGGGCAGUUCAGUGACUCUGACAUGCAGCAGUGAUGCCAACCCACCUGUCCAGAGUUACACCUGGUGGUACAAGAAGAAUGGAGGUGACUAUCAGAGUAUGACAGGACCACAGCAUGUCUUCAACCAAAUCCGGUCAUCUGACACUGGAGAGUAUUACUGUGAGGCCUGGAAUGAGAUGGGGACAGACAGGUCUAGGACCAUUAACAUGGAUGUGAAGUAUGGUCCAAGGAACACCUCAGUGUCAGUCAGUCCCUCUGGUGAAAUAGUGGAGGGCAGUUCAGUGACUCUGACCUGCAGCAGUGAUGCCAACCCACCUGUGGACAAAUACACCUGGUACUUUCAAAAUGAGACUUUUCUAAAUGGAUGUGGACAGAUGUACAACAUCAGUAACUUCAAGUCUAAGGACAGUGGACAUUACCACUGUGAGGCCUGGAAUAGAAGAGGAUCUAGGAACUCUACAGCUCUGAUGAUCAUUAUACCAGGGAAACAAACCUCAGUUCUGACUGCAGCUGUAGGAAUCAUAGUGGUUGUUCUGGUUCUCAUCCUCUGUCUCUCUGGACUCAUGUGGUUCAGGAAGAAGGCCUCCAAAUCCACCUCUGACACAAGAGACACAUCAGAGAAUGUAGAGGGAGACUCUAGUCCAGUGUAUGAAAACGUCUCAAGCAUGUCCACAGCCCCUACUGCAGCACAGACAGAGUCCACAUACUACCAGGACGAUGUCCACUACACCAGCGUCCACUUCUCUAACUCCAAAAACCAGGAAGUGCCUCUGUACUCCACUGUCCAGCUGCCUCAACCCCAGAAAGAGGAUGGGGAUGUCCAGUACGAUGCUGUGAAAUUCAACCUCCCCAGUGCUGCCACCCGACCCACGGCAGCACAAGCAGCUGAGGAGGACUCUUCUGUUCUCUACAGCACAGUCAACAAACCCAGAACCAAGAAGACCCCAACACAACAAACCCAGAACCAAGAAGACCCCAACACAACAAACCCAGAACCAAGAAGACCCCAACACAACAAACCCAGAACCAGAAGACCCCAACACAACAAACCCAGAACCAAGAAGACCCCAACACAACAAACCCAGAACCAAGAAGACCCCAACACAACAAACCCAGAACAAAGAAGACCCCAACACAACAAACCCAGAACCAAGAAGACCCCAACACAACAAACCCAGAACCAAGAAGACCCCAACACAACAAACCCAGAACCAAGAAGACCCCAACACAACAAACCCAGAACAAGAAGACCCCAACACAACAAACCCCCAGAACACAAUAAACCCAGAACCAAGACCCACCAACACAACAAACCCAGAACAAAAGACCCCAACACAACAAACCCAGAACCAAGAACACCCCAACACAACAAACCCAGAACCAAUACACCUGAACACAACAAACCCAGAACCAAGAACACCUGA